AUGUGCCUCGUUACACAAUUGGCGGCCCACGGCACGGCGCGCCGCGGCCGGGCCCGCUCAAUCGACGCCUACUUGCGCCGCUCCCCCGCCACUGGCCGUACAGGCAGGUACGCACAGCCAGAGCUGAGUAAGAGCGGAGAGUAUAGAGAGCAGGCUGUCCAGGAGUGCCAGACGGAAGAGGUGGGCGGCCGGCUCCUGGACACGGAGGAGGGCCGCUCGAUGAGUGUGCAGGCGAUGCAGAUGCUGUUCGACCUGUGCCAGAACCGACAGCUGUGCGACGCCGUCAUCCGCCUCGACGACGGGGGCGCCUUCUACGUACACCGCAACCUGCUCUCCGCCUGCAGCUCCUACUUCAGGGCGCUGUUCACGACGUCGCUGCACUCGAGCUGCCGCACGGACGUGCUGGUGCCGGGCGUGUCCUCGGAGGACAUGGGCAACAUCAUCAAGUACGCGUACCUGCGGCGCGCCGACCUCACGCCGGACAAUGCGCUGCGCCUGCUCGUCGCGGCCGACUACCUGUGCGUGCUGGGGCUGCUGCGCCUCUGCUGCCAGUACGUCACCAACUCGCUCUCCCCGCACAACUGCCUCGGCGUCAUGAUCUUCGCCAGGGACCACUUCUGCGAGGAGCUGGAGAAGACGGCGCGGCUGUACACGCUGCGGAACUUCGUGCGCGUGGCGGCGGACAGCGACGAGGUGCUGCAGCUGCCGGCCAACGAGCUGCGCGCGCUGCUCGCCGACGACGACCUCAACCUGCGCUCCGAGGAGGCGGCGUGGGAGUGCGUGCUGCGCUGGAUGCAGCACGACCCGGCCGGCCGCCGCGAGCACUUGCUGCCGCUGCUGCGCGCCGUGCGCCUCGGCCUGCUCGACACCAAGUACUUCCUCGAGAAGGUGAAGGACCACCCGUUCGUGAGCGGCAACGAGGCGUGCCGGCCGCUGGUGAUGGAGACGCUGCGCUACCUGUACGACCUGGAGAUGCGCGACGGCGAGCAGCAGACGCCCGACUGCGCGCGGCCGCGGGUCCCGCACGAGCUGCUGUUCGCCGUGGGCGGCUGGAGCGGCGGCAGCCCCACCAACUGCCUCGAGAUCUACGACACGCGCGCCGACCAGUGGGUCAAGGUGAACGAGGUGGACCCUACCGGGCCGCGCGCAUACCACGGCACCGCCGUCAUCGGUCACGACAUCUACGUCAUCGGCGGCUUCGACGGCAUGGACUACUUCAACUCGUGCCGCCGCUUCAACGUCGUCACCAAGGUGUGGCGCGAGGUGGCGCCCAUGCACAGCAGAAGGUGCUACGUGAGCGUGGCGAUGCUGGGCGACAUCAUCUACGCGAUGGGCGGCUACGACGGCCACCACCGGCAGAGCACCGCCGAGCGCUACGACCACCGCACCAACCAGUGGUCGCCCAUAGCGCCCAUGAACGCCCAGCGCUCCGACGCUAGCGCCACCUCGCUAGACGGACGCAUCUACAUCACGGGCGGCUUCAACGGACAGGAGUGCAUGAACACGGCCGAGGUGUACGACCCGUCGGUGAACCAGUGGACGCUGAUCCGGCCCAUGCGUUCGCGCCGCAGCGGCGUCUCCUGCGUCGCCUACCACGGCUGCAUCUACGUCGUCGGUGGUUUCAAUGGUAUCUCAAGGAUGUGCAGCGCUGAGAAGUACAACCCGGCAACCAACGAGUGGACGCCCAUACCGGACAUGUACAACCCUCGCAGCAACUUCGCCAUCGAAGUGAUCGACGAAAUGCUGUUUGCUAUUGGCGGUUUUAAUGGCGUCACCACCAUCUUUCACGUCGAGUGUUACGACGAAAGGACCAACGAAUGGUACGACGCGACGGACAUGAACGUGUGCCGGUCCGCGCUGUCGGCGUGCGUGGUGAAGGACGUGCCCAACGUGCGGGACUACAUCCACCAGCAGCGGGAGCGGUUCGUCGAAGAGAAACUUCAGAAAAGACGAAAGCGUUCGAAACUUUCAUAUGAGGCGGAAGCGAUGCAGACGGACGAAAACAACAACAACGCAGUGAACAACAACAUUGUGCUGCCCGAGGUGGUGGUGGUACCGGCGCUGCUGGUGGCCGACGUGGCGCACGACGCAGAUUCCGGGUCGCAGCUGGUGCCGCCGGGAGACCAGCAGGGAAGCGAGGAAGAAAGUGACCCGGAAGAACCGAUGGAUGCGAUGGAUGAGGAAGAGGAAGAAGAAGAUGAGGGCAGAGGCGAGGGUGAGCGCGACACAGAUUUUGACGAUGUAGAGCUGGAUCUGGACCGCGACAGUGACUCUACGCCAGAGCUGGACUGA